CUCAGUCCCAGAUCAGGAGGAGGAGCCUCGGUGGAGGAAGUAGCUCCACAGCUUGGCUGUGUGUGCGUGUGUGUCAUAGGUGUGUGUAUCUGUGCGGAGCACUUCGAUAGUGAGUGUCGCUAACCACUGGAUUGUUAAAACGACAAGCAAAAGACGUCCUCGGGAGGAAACCACGCGCGGACUCGCUCUCUGGGAUUAGUUUGUGUAUUUCUCCCACUAUCGGUACAGGUUAAAGCCGUGCAACCGGUCCAGAAGCGAGCAUUAUGCAUUCAGAUUGCAGGCUGCUAUGGGCAGAGCGGUAAUGGUGGGCAGGGGACCGACAGGGGCCGGGGUUCUCGUCCUGUCGAUUCUCAUCAUUCUCACCACGGAAGGCUGUCGAGCGCAGAAAGGUGAUGGCUGUGGCCCCAGUGUACUUGGCCCCAGCAGUGGGACUCUGUCAUCUCUGGGUUACCCGGGGACAUACCCGAACAACACAGUGUGUGAGUGGGAGAUCAGCGUGCUCCAUGGCAACAGGGUCCACUUUCACUUUGCUGAGCUGGACAUAGAAGACAGCGACUGCCAGGUCAACUACCUCCGCCUCUACAAUGGCAUUGGACCCGAGAGGAGUGAGAUUGAGAAGUACUGCGGUUUGGGUCUGAAGGUAAAGGAGCUGAUUGAGUCCACUGGCAACCAGGUCACUGUCCAGUUCAUGAGUGGGACCCACCACACCGGACGUGGAUUCUACCUGUCCUACUCCACCACCGAACACACAGAUCUAAUCACCUGCCUGGAUAAAGGGACGGAUUUCCCUGAGGCAGAGUUCAGUAAAUACUGUCCGGCAGGCUGCUUGACAUCUACCGAGGAGAUUUCUGGAACUAUACCUAAUGGAUACAGAGAGUCCUCUCCUUUGUGUGUGGCAGCCAUCCAUGCAGGUGUGGUGUCCAACGCUGUGGGAGGGAGGAUCAGCGUGGUCAGCAGCAAAGGCAUCCCUCACUACGAAGCCACGCUGGCUAACAAUGUCACUUCCACUGGAGGAACUUUGUCAAACAGCCUCUUCACUUUCAAGACCAAUGGCUGCUAUGGAACGCUUGGUUUAGAGUCUGGCAGCGUUGCGGAUACUCAGCUGUCUGCGUCGUCUGUGUGGGAGUGGAACAACAUUGGUCAGUGGGCGCCAUCAGGGGCACGGCUUAAAAAGGCGGGGCUGCCCUGGGCAUCUUCUCAGAAUGACCAGCAGCAGUGGCUGCAGGUCGAUCUCAAGAGGGAGAAGAGAAUCACAGGUAUCACCACCACUGGCUCCACCCAACGAGAAUACCAAUACUAUGUUACAGCAUACCGGGUCAUGCACAGUAACGAUGGCAAGCAGUGGUCCAUCUACAGGGAAGCAAAUUCUACACACGACAAGAUUUUCCAAGGCAACAUCAACUACCUGCAUGAGGUGAGGAAUAACUUCAUUCCCCCAAUUAUGGCCCGGUAUGUGAGAAUAAAUCCAACCCUAUGGCACCAGAGAAUUGCUCUUAAAUUGGAGUUGCUUGGCUGCCAAAUUACUGCAGUUUGGCCAAAACCAGAUCCGAGGUCAAGGAUGUUGCCCACCUCUCGUCGUACUCCACCUCCUGUGGGUACAAAACGCCCCCCUCACCUUGGCCAAACCACACACACCCCAGAAAUCAGGAACACCACCAUGCCUCCUCACACUGGCAAAGAUGUGGCGAUGGCAGCAGUUCUGGUACCGGUUUUGGUCAUGGUUCUGACUGCUCUAAUCUUGAUUGUGGUUUGUGCUUGGCACUGGAGGAACAGGAAAAAAAGUUCUGAAGGACCGUAUGAUCUCCCUCACUGGGACCGCACAGACUGGUGGAAAAGCAUGAAGCAGCUGUUCCCCUCCAAGAUGGUGGAGACAGAGGAUUCAGUGCGGUACAGCAGCAGUGAGGUGGGCCGGCUAACGGGGAGAGGUGCUGUACCCAGGCUACAUGCUGAACCUGCAGAAUAUGCUCAGCCCCUGGUGAGUGGUGUUACGACAUUAGGUGCCCGGUCAACCUUUAAACCAGACGAGGGGCCCGAACCAGGAUACUCAGAUCCUGACCUGUACGACGCUCCCAUCUCACCUGACGUGUACCACGCUUAUGCAGAACCCUUACCAGCCUCGGGAUCUGAAUAUGCCACACCCAUAGUGGUUGAUAUGGGAUGCCACCCAUCAGGGGGCUCCUCUUUGAACCAGCCCUCCACGGUGUGUAGUUUCAUGGGUGCCGGGCCUGCUUCCCUGCUCACGCGGAGAGACAGUUGCCAUUCGGGGAGGACGGCUUAUGAUACACCCAAGAAUGCCACUGGACAGGUCACACCCACUGAGGAUCUGACCUAUCAGGUACCUCAGAGUGGCACUCAGAAGCCAACUGGAAAGAGCUGAAGAGCCUGGAUGCACACAGCCUUAAUCUGCCCCAAAACACCCCAACGGACAAAGAGAAAAGGGUUCUUAACGGAGGAGGAGGUGUGAACCUGUGAGCCCUGGAGCUUGGGCUCCAGUCUUGAAUGAACACUACCUUAGCUUUAGAUUCAUCUGGAGAUGUCUGUAUUGCCUAAACGAUUCUGCAUGGCCACAAUCUGUUUGUGUAGUGCCAUUACAGUCCUAUCACUGAAACCACAUAGAUGAAUGUGUUCGCACCAGGUUUGAGAGGCGGGAGGUGGAGGGAUGAUUGACGGAGGGAGGAUGAAAAGGAGAAAGCUGACUACUAAUUGUUAAAGACUUUGUCCUUGUUCUCUGAUCCUUAGUAGUUCUUGCAUUUUGUUAAACUGUGAUUUCUAUUAUUUUCCUGUUACAUACUGAACCAACUGAAAUGUACCUGAUGAUUUAAAUUCAUCAACUCUAAAGGGUUCUCUUAUGGAAUGAAGUGCAUGUUGCAUUAAGUACCCCACAUCCACAGUCAAUGAAUUCCUCCUUUCUAGAGAAACUCUAGUUUUCCAUGGUACGUUUUUGUCUUACUUUGUAUAAAAAGCAUGACUUGAAAUUGUGUAUAGUUCUAGUAAUCCCAUUACUGCAAACCUCUCAGAUGAUUUACUGAUAUUUAUUUUUAUUUCACAUCCUGCUGAUGAGGAGAAACUCUUAUUGAAAUCUAGCCCACCACUACCCUUACUGAUUACACAUCAAAUAAUUGUGGUUGCACUGUUCUGGACACCUUAAUGACAAUAAGUAGUUUUUGUUUUUAACCUUGUCAGAGAUGUUGUAUGUUAACUUGAAAAGGCUGAUUGGGAAGAUAAUCCAUUGAACUUCACAAAGAGAAGAUACUUUUUGUAAUAUUGAAGACCAAAUGUUGCCUCUUUUUUUGUGCAAUGUUAAUUCACAACAGAAGCAACUUUCACAAUUGUGACAAUAGCACAAGUUUAACCAAAUAAACAUUAAAGCUGUCUUAAUGUAGGAAAUAAAAAAAAAACGUUUGUCCAAGCAAACAAAGGUACAGAGAAAAGAGGUAAAUGGGUUAAUCUGUUACAGCGGAUCAUUUCAUAGUGUCCUGUGUGUUUGUCCUUAACAUUUAGAUGUUACGCGUGCAUCAUGGUGAUUGUCUUGUGUUUAAUGAGUGUUUGAUCUGUCCUAACUGCAUUUGAGUGUCCCUUUCUUGUAUCAAUGUGCAUCAACAUCUGUAUGUGUAGUAAGCCGUUUCGAUAUUUCAGUCCUGUGUGUUUUAGUUUUGUUUUUCAGACUGGUUUUGAUGCGGCUUAUAGUUGUAUUAUAUGAUGAGGAUGUGUUCAGUCAUUGUCUGGAGCACCAGUUAGACUGCAUUCCACUCCUGUCCCACCUGUGAUACUAAUCUGACCAAACACACUGCCACACUGUGGCAGGAGUGCAGAUGGA